GAAAACGGCGACAGAUCCGACCACGUAGCUCGUUGUCUCUUACCGUCGCUCGCAGUUCCCAUUUCGAGGGACUUGCGAAGCGCAAUGCUCGCAGCCAAGGCCGGAACUGGCGCGAGUGGUAGAUAGGAAGGGCGCGAUCGGGUCGAAGCGAAGCCCUGAUUUGACGAAACGCCCCUCGUCAAUCGAUCGAAGCGGUUUGCUAUUUUUAUCGCCCAAUUUAAGCUCCCCUGCGUCGCCCCCUCGCACUUGGUUCUUCCCUCCCGUUGGUCUUGGUUGGAGCCCUGAUCGACGUAAAGCUGAUUCCUUUCAAGUCUAGUGUUAGCUCGGACUUCGCUGGGGAAAUUGGGGUCUGCGGGAAUUUAGAGUUCCAAGCCAAAGUUUUCUUUUUGGUGCAUUGGAUCGAAUUCAGAAGUGGCCUUUACGUUUUGAGAGGCCCUCGUCUUGCUCGUGGUUCAUUCCGCUAGCGACGAGUUGAGGAUUCAGGAUGGCAUCCGCCGGAAUCACUCUUAGGCCAAUCAAUGAAGAUCCUGCUGUCUCUUUCUUCCAAUCUAAUGGCACGAGAACCCCACAUUGUUCCGUGGAGUCCAUUAUGAUUUACCUUGCAGUUCCUGGUGCUUCCAUGACCCCAAUGAGCGUUCUGGCUUCUGACUCGAUUGCCUCUGUGAAGCUUAGGAUCCAGACCUGCAAAGGGUUUGUUGUGAAAAAUCAGAAGCUAGUGUUUGAUGGCAGAGAGCUGAGUAGGAAUGAUAGCCUCAUCCGGGAUUAUGGGAUCUCCAAUGGGAACAUCCUCCACCUUGUCAUCCACAUCUCAGAUGUUCGUGUCAUCACUGUUAAAACUGCAUGUGGGAAGAAAUUCAAGUUUCAUAUCGAGGGGGGCCAAACUGUACAAUAUGUUAAAAGGCAAAUUGCUAAGACGGGUAACCCAUAUGUGGAUCUUCAAAAUCAAAAACUUGUCUUUGCUUGCGAGGAACUCGAUGACAAGAGGAUGAUUCAUGAUAUUUGCAAGAAUGAUGAUGCUGUGUUUCAUUUACUUUUGCACAAAUCAGCAGAGUUGAGGUCAAAGCCUGUUGAACGAGACUUUGAGCUUUCCAUUGUAGCACCAUUGUCCGAAGAGAAGGAAAAUGUGAAUGAUAUUCAGGUAACGACCACAGAGUCUACAUGUAAGAAUGUCUGGAUUGAGCCAAUCAUCGUGAACCCAAAGAUUGAGUUGCCUCAAGUGAUCAGGGAUCUCCUUCAUGCUACUCUUGCUGGAUUGGAGAAUGGGAAUCCACCAAUCAUGUCUUUGGAAGGUACAGGGGGAGCUUACUUUAUGCAGGAUAUAUCAGGUGACAAAUUUGUUGCUGUUUUUAAACCAAUUGAUGAGGAGCCAAUGGCUGAAAACAAUCCUCGAGGACUUCCAUUGUCAGUGAACGGUGAAGGUUUGAAGAGGAGGACUCGAGUAGGAGAAGGUGCCCUUAGGGAAGUCGCAGCUUACAUACUUGACCAUCCUAUAAGUGGGCGCCGGUCAUUUUCAUGUGUUGAUGUUGGGUUUUCUGGUGUUCCACCAACAGUUUUGGUGCGGUGCUUGCACGGAAGUUUCAACCAUCCUGUAGAAUAUGAGCAUGCAAUGAAGCAUUUUAAGAUUGGAUCAUUGCAGAUGUUCAUGAAGAAUUGUGGAAGUUGUGAAGAAAUGGGACCUCGGGCAUUUCCAGUUCAAGAAGUUCAUAAAAUCUGUGUGUUGGAUAUAAGACUGGCAAAUGCUGAUCGACAUGCUGGGAAUAUACUACUCUGCAAGGAGGGAGAAGAAGACCACUUGGUGCUGGUUCCAAUUGAUCAUGGAUACUGCCUUCCUGAGAAUUUUGAAGACUGCACCUUUGAGUGGCUCUAUUGGCCUCAAUCACGUCAGCCGUUUGACACCGAAACAAUUGACUACAUUCGAUCGCUGGAUGCUGAGCAGGAUAUUGCUCUUCUGAAGUUCUAUGGCUGGGAGUUGUCUCUGGAGUGUUCUCGCACUCUUCGCAUCUCCACCAUGCUACUGAAGAAGGGAGUCGAGAAAGGUCUGACACCAUAUGACAUCGGAAGUAUCUUGUGCAGAGAAACCAUCAACGAGGAGUCCAAAAUUGAAGAAAUUAUCCAUGAAGCAAAUAGUAUUGCCUGCCCAGGAAUUACUGAAACUGUUUUCAUGGAGUCUAUUUCCAACAUCAUGGAUUGUCAUCUUAAUGAACUAACCAUAUAGAUCACCAUAUGCAAGCUGUAAGUGGAUAGGUUGCAGUCGACUGAUGGAGGUUGUAUCUAAAUAAUGUCUCGAUCCACAUGCCAGUCGCUGCAACUUACCCCAUCUAUUUUUUCAUUUUCUUUUUGCUAUUUAGUGAUGAUCAUGCUUGAUCAUACACAGGUGUGAGGUUACUUGAGACAUUUGAACUGGAGCACUUAACAUCUCUUUCUUUC